UCUAAGAAGGAAUGUGUAUUCGCGUUUUGAGUGGCGAAUAGACAGAAAACAUGGAGGACACGCGGGAUGUUCAAACGUCCAAACGGCACGGCAACCACAAACCGGUAUUAUCCGCUGGUUGUUCUGCCAUGGCCAUGGAGGUUAAGCGAAAGAAAAUACGCGAACGCUCUUUCUUCCUGCAGAAAGAGAGUGCAAACUUAGAAGAAAAGGUUCAGUUUGAGACGAGAAUGCGCGAGGGGGCGUACAAGCUGCUGCUGGCUUGCAGUAAAAGGGAACAAGUCCUCAACGCUUCCAAGAACCUGCUGACCUGCAGCGCCAGGAUCAAGGCCUACCUCGCCCAGCUGCAGCGGGAAGAAGGGGAGCGGGAUGUCAUGGGAGCGGAAAGAAGACUCGCAGAGGGUCGUUCACCAUGUCUUGGCACGGUUGCAGUUACUGGCCUGCGUUUUCCUUUGAUUUGGAGGGAUUCAGACCAUUUUAGUAGUAGAGGAAGCUCCCGUCAGGUGGCGGUGUUCUGCCUGAUGCAGAUUGGCUCUGAGGUGUUUGACACCGAAAUGGUCGUGGUGGACAGAUCUGUCACCGACAUCUGCUUUGACGGACUCACUCUCUUCAAAGAUGUAGUUCCCCAGUUUGAACUGAAGGUGGAGCUGUGGAGCUGUUCCAUGGAGGAAGAGCUCACUUUACCAAACACACCAAAGAAACUUGCAAAGAAGCUGCGUAACUCCUUUGGAAGGAGCUCUGGAAAGAAGCUCUGCUCCCUGCUGGACACUCCAGAUCCAGACACCUUCCUGCUGGACAACCCAAUACCUUUGGGAGCCAAAUACAGCCUGCUGGCCUGCACAACACUCGGUCUGCCUGAUGCUGAUAGCUGCUUUCAGUCUCACUCCCUCAUUGUCUACCAAGGCGCCGAGUGGUCAUCCUGGCUCCCUCUGUACGGCAACCUGUGCUGCCGCUUAGUGGCGCAGCCAGCCUGCAUGACACAGAGCGUCAUGAGCGGCUAUCUGAGUCAGAAGCAAAGUGUGCAGGGGGUGAACCGCUGCUGCAAUCUCUACUGUCUGCUGAGCGCCGGCUUUUUGUCCUGUUACUUCACCCCUGAAGAAAUCGAUGCGAAAGUGCAGCCCACGCUUAAUGUGCCAAUCAAUAAUGGGACCCGCAUUUGUGUGCUGGACAAACAGUCAGGCGAUGGCAAAUCCAAGAGUUUGUCCAUCGUCAACCCUUCACCCGAGGGAUCUCAGAGUGUCGUGUUCACAGCAGACACCAGGGAGGAGCUGGAGGACUGGAUCGACUGCCUCCACCAGCACCUCUACGACCAGAGCCAGUGGCUCCACUGCUGCGACCGCCUAAUGAAAAUUGAGGUCGCAUCACCACGGAAACCGUCGCUUUUCCUCGCCAAGCAGGCCGACUCUGUUUACAACGACCUGAGUAUAAAUUCGCCCAACAGGUUUGAGAGCAUCACAGACAUAAUCCACAGUAAAAUCGAAGAGACAGAUGGCCGCUUCCUGAUUGGGCAAGAGGAGGAGAGGGAAGCGCCGAACUGGUCCUCUCUGUUCGAUGGGUCCCACUCGGUGGUGGUGGAGAAGAGUCUUCUGUCCCAGAGCAAAACCUCCACCCCCUGUUCAAGCCCCGGCACCGGCUCCACGCCCCUGGGCAACAAAAAGCGCCGCGCUCCGCCCCCUCCUGACGUGAAGCCCUUCGCUAACCCCGCCCGCCCGGACAGACCCCCCCUGCCCGCCUCUCUGCUUCAUCGUCCUCUUCCUUUGAGCCAGGAGAAGGAGAACUCCGGCGCUUCCCGCCCAGCCGUCAGGUCCAAAACGGGUCGGCCCUCGCUGGAUGCCAAGUUCUCCGCCAUCAUCCAGCAGCUCCAGCGGAACAACGCCGUGGGCGCGGCGGCUCCAAGCCGGAAGAACGCCCCACUGGCCGUCCUCGACGUGCAGCCGCAGGGUCCGCCUCAGCCUUCGCUCCAGCAGGUUGACAUCCGGAACCACAAUGUCCAGAUGCCUGAGGAUGCGGCUGAUGAUGCGUUUGUCAGAGCCUACAGCGGGAACGGGCCUGGUUCCGGGCCCGUUCCCGCACCACGCAGCAAACUGAGGAAGUCGCUCAGAGAGAGGAUGAAUCUCAAAGCUUUGUGAUCUCAACCCUGUUUUGCCCCAAAAUCUUUUCACUUCCAGCCAGAUGUUUUACACGCACUCAUCAGCAUGAAUGUUGUAUUCAGUGGUUCUUUGACUAAAAAUUAAUAAAAUAUGAAUGAUUUUGGAGGGAGAAUUAGGUGCAAAACUUUGAAUUCACUGUACAUUUUCUCGAAUUCAAAAUUAUGCAUGAAGGGUUAAAUUAUAUAGCUACAUCUCCAGUAAUAUUUGAUCAAAUAUCCUGCCACGUUGAUAAGAAACCACACGAUAUCUGUUGCCAUUAUCACCUUUCUGCAGUCCUGAGUGGAUAUAUAAUAACUUUUCUUAAGCUACUUGCUAAACCAAGGCCCAGCUUCUUCACCACUUAGUGAAAAUAAGUUUUGAUGGACUGGAGAAAAUCUACAAUGAAUUCAAACUUGUUCACCUCAACAUUGUUUUCAAAAAUCAACUUUCGCCAAGAACGAUUCAAAUGAGAAGCUGAGGAGGUGAACUAGUAGGUAGGAAUGUAGUUGUUUAAAUUGUGCGUCUGCAGCUCAUCGCUUGCACAAAUAACUGUGAUAAAACCACUUUAUCUGAUUUAUUAUUGCUUUUAAUGAACUCCUGAAUUAUAACAUUAGUAUAAACGCAAUCAAAUGAUCAAUCUAUCAAUACAACACAAUGUAUAACUCCUGAGUCGUAACACUAAAUCUCACUGCCAUUAAGGUGCUGCACUGAUGGAUCUACUGCUUUACUUUGUCCUUUCUUGUGGCCAACCCCACAUGUGUGAUGGCAUGAACUAAAACAGAAAGCUUUCCCUCAGCUCUAGAAACAUGAAAAGUUUCACAAAUGCACUUAAUUUAAGUUGAUCCGUGUGGGGAUAAGCCGAUGCUUUUGGAGCUAUGGUGGUGCGCCACUUACUGUGACGACUUUAUGACCACUGCAGCUCAGUUUUAAGGAAAGGCAAAUCGUAAACUGGUAAUGUGUCUUCUCUAACUCCCCUCCAGGUCUUCAAUAGAGUAACCUUGUUCUUUAGUGGCCGUGCAGUACGACUAACAUCAUUUAACAUAGCAGCCAAUAAAUGCUCUGAACAUAAUUGGAUGAAUGGGCCUUUUGAGUGGCCUGAAUAAUGAAUGUCCUUGUGCACUUGUUUUGAACAUACCCAGAACUACAAGCCCCUAAAUAUUUCAGCCACUUAAUGGCAUUGUGUUGAAGAAUGGCCGCCGUAAUUACAUGCGGAGUACAAAACAUCGCUGAAGCUACCUGAAAACAUGAGGCAGAACGAGGGGAAAGCUAUUUUCCCCCCUCUAUUAUCCUGCAAAUUCAUUUAAAUAAUACAGAAAGGUUAAAGUUUUAGGAGGCAAAAGGGAAUGCGGUUCAUUAUUUAGCAAUUUGCCAGAUGUAUCUUAUAUUUACUGUGAAUCACUUGAUGGUUUCUGUACUGUGUAUUCUUGAAAAACUAUGUUUUUGUUAGUUUGUUUUUUUUUUACUUCAGAAUCACACUUUUUGGGACAAAAGAAACUGAUCGAUUUCUGCAAUGUUUCUACACAAUUCGCUGCACAGGCAUUGUGCAGGUGCUGGAAUGCGGCUCGUAUCAAAAACAGUUGCAGUAAAGAGGUACAGCUAAUUGAGAAAGCAGUUUCUAACUAACAACUGAAAUAACAAAAGUGAUUAUUAGUUUUUUCUUGUUUAUGACUGAAAUGUGUCUUUGCAAAUGUCAUUUUUAUACUUUUUGUAUCGUAGGUGUACAGAUACAUAAAUCUUGCAUUAGUAGUUUGUAGUUUUCAUGCGAUAUAAAGUUAGAUUUAGGUCAUAGCUAUCGUUUCUCAGAAAGUGCAAUUGCUUCUCGCUGUUGUCUUGGAAGCUGUAACUUGGUUGUUUGUUUAAAAAAAUAAAAAAUUACUGCUGAUCUGCAAUAAAACGACCUACAUUCCA